AAAACCUGACGUCACAGACUGUCGCCAUUUUUGCUCGAAGUUGAAAGUCUUACACAUUUGUGCUGCAUUUUGUGCCAAAAAAGGCCACAAUAACCCGUUUUCCCACUCACCACACAAGAAAACCUGUAGUUAACAGCAAGGAUCAUCGGUUGACACACAGUUAACGAUGACUAUCCUACCGAAAAAGAAACCUACGACGUCGAAAACCGAGUGUGAAUCCAGCGAGCACCAGGGUGGACAUGCAUCGCACUCCCACCAACACCACCAAGCCACGACGGACGCUCGCCACGAAAAGGCCACCCGUUCCCGAAACUCGCCCACCCGCUGGGUUCCGUCGACCGCGAGGGAGGAGAAACUGGCCAGCCACGAUCCAGGGGGAACCUUUGAAGGUCAUGAGAGUGUGAACAAUAAGAGGAGACAUCGUUCCUCACCCCACCGGACGCACGCGCGGAAACACCGCAUGCACGCCUCGGCCACGGUCACUUCGAGGGAGUAUCAGGCCUCCACGGAGUAUGAAGAGACAGGGUAUAACAGUGGUGACGAAUAUGUGCCUCCCCAACACCCUGACAACAUAGAGGAGCUUGAAGCUUGGUUUGAGAAAACGUUGAAGGAAAAGAAAGGAUGGGACAUAAAGAAGAUGGGAGAAGACGGGGCCUGUCUGUUCCGAGCUGUCGCUGACCAAGUGUAUGGGGACCAGGAAAUGCACGCCGCAGUCAGAAAGAUGUGUGUGGAUUACAUGCUGAAAAACUGUGACUACUUUUCGCAAUAUGUUACGGAGGAUUUUACCACUUACAUUAAUCGAAAGAAAAUGGAAAAUUGCCAUGGAAACCAUGUUGAGAUGCAGGCAAUGAGUGAGAUGUUCAAUCGACCGAUUGAGGUUUACCAAUACAGCAUAGAUCCAAUAAACACAUUCAACUGCCCUUACAAGACAGAAAAUGAGCCCAUUAGGAUAAGUUACCAUGGUAACGUCCACUACAACUCCAUCGUGGAUCCGUUCAAGGCCACCAUUGGUGUAGGUCUGGGACUGCCAGGUCUACAGCCGGGGAUGGCUGACAAAACUCAGAUGAGGGACGCUGUCCGACAGUCUGAAGAUGUUCACAUAGAACAGACCAUGUUGGAGGACAAGCUGCGAGAGACAGACUGGGAGGUAACACAGGAGACAAUAGAGGAACAGGUGGCGCGUGAAUCCUACCUACAGUGGUUAAAGGAAAGCGAGAACCAUGCUCGCAAACAGAGCUCUCCUCGGUCAGCCAGCGCCACUUGUAGCUCCUCCAAAGACAACUUGUACAAAGAUCUGGGGUCUCCUGAACUCUUGCAGCAGGGGAGAUCACCCAGGACCCGGAGUAACCCGGGGUCAGGAGGGAACAGCCCUCAGAGGCUAGACACGGGACGCAGCAAUCCCAGCAGCCCCCAGCAGGGCGAGAGUGCCGGUCAGCGAUCCCCCCUCCCCGAGUGUUCUGGAUACAAUGCCUCCACAGUGUCAGACACUCUUGGCAGCUUGGGGGCAACAGGAGGGGCCCAGGACUUGAUGACAACCAACUUUGUAGAAACCUCUUCCUUAAUGAACUGCUACAAUUCCGAUAUGUAUGGUCUUUCUGAUUGGAUGGAUGAAGAUGACAUCAUGACUCAGGUGAUAGCCCAGUCUCAGAAGGAGUACCUGGACAGCCUCAAGAAGUCCGCCUCAUCUUCCCCCACCCCCGAUCCCUCCACCUUCAGCUAACACAGGGCCACGUCUAACUCCUUUAUUUUAAUUCUUCAGGUUAUAGUAGCUUCUGUACACAAAGUUAAAGAUAGGCGCAACUCGCACGUAUCAUCAGAGACGUGUACGACUCGCGUGUCUCAUCAGAGACAUGUACAACUCGCGCGUCUCAUCAGAGUGACUCGCGCGUCUCAUCAGAGAUGUGUACAUAGGUCCUCAUUUCUCGAACCUUUUCAAGCAAUUUCCGUUAUAGUGAACUUAGUCUUUUUUUGACAUUAUGCAGCAUUUUACUUCCAUUUGAAAGGAUAUCCUGAAGGCCUUAAGUUCUAAUGCUGAUAUCAUUGCAAGUGAUAGAGAACUUGUCAUAGUUUUUACAGAACAUGUAUAUUGAAAUCAUUUAUUGGAACCGAUGAUUGUUUGGAGGAAUCAGAUCUUCUCACUGUAGAGCAUACUUAAUAUAAAAUGUAAAUUUCAUGAACAUGCAGAUUUCUUGUUGUUCUCAUAUUGACUUGGUUAUGAACACAUUAUGGAUGUCGCAAGAAACACAUCAUGUACAAGUUAAUUUUUCCAGACAAAUUUUAUCACUAGAUUGAGUUAUUUUUGUUAGUGAUUUUGUUAUGUCUACUGUCACCCUUUGAGUAGCAGGACUAUUAACAACUAGAAAAUAUGAAAGUGCCACUGGGAUUAAAGUUUUAUGGUUAUUAUUUUUAUUUUAUUUCAAAAACUUGGAUAAUGUUUCUGCAAACCAAAGAAAUUAUUACCCAGCAAGAAUAUACCCCUAGUGUAUCAAGAGGCGAUGUGAAAGAGCGUUGAUUUUACAUGUAGAAAAUGGUGGUAAAGUUAACAUGGAAAAGGUCAAAGGAAUAAAUGACACCAUUAAAGAGGCUGGUCAAACACUUUAAACAUCAGAUCUACCUGAAAUAUUUUACAUGUGAUAUUUAAGGCCAGUAACUAUUAUUUAGAAAAGAAAAAAAUCAAUUAUUUUGGCUGUGAAAUUUGAAUGUUUACCUAUAUUUUUUAUAAAGAACUCUUUGUUCUAAGGAGAUUAAUAGAGUAUUGGUCAUCCAGCCCUCUUAAUGCCACAAACAACAGCAAACUGAGUUUUGUAAAACAUUUAUUCAAUUAUUUUUUUUAAUAGAAUUAUGUCUGCAGGACAAUUCAUAGUCAACUGUAAAUUUCAAGCACAUAUGCAACAAACAAAUGUUCAUCUUUCAUUAUCGUUUUGUUUUUUUCAAUUUUAAAAACACAUUAUACCAUACUUAUCUGUUUGUGUAUUGAAAAAAUUAUAUAUGUAAUUGUAUAUCCUGUGGAAUCAUUGAAAUUUUUGGUUUAUUCCAGUUUUUGUGGAUUGUCAACUUUUGAAUGGUUCAUAAGGGUGUGUGAUUUUUGUAGGUAGGCUUAUAUGUUUAAUGAAUAAAGACCACAUUUUGUAGUUUGUUGGGGAUAUUAAUAUGUGUGUCAGGAUACUCUUUAAAUCCCCACAAAUUCAGCCAUUACAAAUUCUAAUGCCUCCACAGUAUAUGUCUAGGGUACUGUGUUUAAGUGUUAAAAGAAACCCAACUUUUUUUUUAAUACAUGUAUUUUUAUUUUUGCUUAUUAAAUGGUUAUUUUGAAAGAGAAUAUUAUCAUAAAUGUAUGGUUAUAACUUAGAUUUCUAUUAUGAUAGAAAAAAUAUAUUUUAUUUUAAUAUUUUUGAACUGAAAUUUAAAAAAAUUGAAUAUAUGUACUAUGUGCAAAUUGUUUGGUUUAAAUUGAAGCAAACAAAUAGUAGAUAUCUACAACAUGUAAAUGUUUCAUAAUUUAUGUGGAUUUAUGAUAGCAAGUGAUUGCAAGAGAAGAGGGACUUAUUUUCUCAUUGUGUACAAGUAUGCAUGAAAACAAAUUAGAUUGUGGUAAAGCUUGUUUAAGUAAACAUUUUAGGGGAGUAUAUUGUUUUUCUCUGGCUUAGUUAUAUAUGAUAUGAGUUGUUUAAUGAGUGCUAUUAUUUUAUUAUUUCAAUUUUGUUAGAUACAAAGGUAUUGCUUGAAUGAAUUUUGAACAUUUGUGUGAAUGCUGUAAGAGAACUGUUUUCAUCACAUAAUAUCAGUUUCCUUAGUAAGACUGUGUAGAUGACUGGAAAAAUGUUCCUAUUAUUAUUAUUAUUAUUAGAAGCCUUUUGACUUUUGUUCCCAUGCCCUCUGAUACACGCUUUUAUUUGAAAAGAAUUAAAUUAUUAUUUGUCAUUCUAA